GAGCGUGGUGGUGAUGAAGGUGAUGAAGGUGAUGAAGAUGAGCGUGUGUCCAUGCGGAGUUGAGCUGGAUUCAGUCCGUCUGACCUGAGAGUGGAAACUUCUUCUUCUUCACGUGAAAAAGACUUCCCGCCCCGUCCGCCAGCAUGAGUGACAUCUACGAGUCGGCGGCCAACUCUCUGGGCCUGUUCAGCAGCUCCUGCCUCACCAAGGUGGAGCUCAGGCUCACCUGCAAGGGCAUCUCCGACCGGGACGCCCUGUCCAAGCCCGACCCCUGCUUCGUCCUCAAGAUGCAGUCUCACGGCCAGUGGAUGGAGGUGGACCGCACUGAGGUCCUCCGCAGCUGCGUCAACCCCUCCUACUCAAAGGUCUUCACCCUGGACUUUUAUUUUGAAGAGGUGCAGCGUCUGCGCUUUGAGCUGUACGACAUCAAUCUGAAAGAGGACGACUUCCUGGGAGCGGUGGAGUGCACGCUGGGACAGAUCAUCUCUCAGAGCGAAACUGUCAAAGCUUUGCUCAAACCAGGAGGAACUGUUGGAAAAGCCAUCAUCACGAUCACAGCAGAGGAGCUGACGGGGAACGACGACUACAUCGAGCUCUCUUUCAGUGCCAGGAAGCUGGAUGACAAGGACUUCUUCAGUAAGUCGGAUCCGUUUCUAGAGAUUUACCGGCUAAACGACGACGCCACGCUGCAGCUCGUCUACAGAACUGAGACUGUGAUGAAUAACCUUAAUCCUGUGUGGAAAACCUUCAAAGUGUCUCUCAACUCGCUCUGCAGUGGAGACCAUGAACGCAAGCUGCAGUGCACUGUGUGGGACUGGGACUCCAACGGGAAGCACGACUACAUCGGGGAGUUCGAGGCGACCUUCAAAGAGAUGAGAGGAGCCAUUGAUGGACGGCAGGUUCAGUGGCCGUGCAUCAACCCCAAAUACAGGGUGAAGAAGAAGAACUACAAGAACUCUGGGAUUGUGAUUCUGAACCAGUGCAAGAUCAUCAAGAUGCAUUCCUUCCUGGAUUAUAUUAUGGGAGGCUGUCAGAUCCAGUUUACUGUGGCCAUCGACUUCACGGCGUCGAACGGAGACCCCGGGAACAGCUGCUCGCUGCACUACAUCCACCCAUUCCAGCCCAACGAGUACCUGAAGGCUCUGGUGGCGGUGGGAGAAAUCUGCCAGGACUACGACAGUGACAAAAUGUUCCCGGCGUUCGGCUUCGGCGCUCAAAUCCCACCAGACUUCAAGGUCUCCCAUGACUUUGCGGUGAAUUUUAACGAGGAGAAUCCAGAGUGUGCAGGAGUCUGUGGUGUAGUGGAAGCCUACCAGGCCUGUCUGCCCAAGUUGCAGCUCUACGGCCCCACCAACAUCGCCCCCAUCAUCCAGAAGGUGGCCAACUCGGCCUCGCAGGAGGUCCACACCAAAGAGGCCAUGCAAUACUUCAUUCUGCUGAUCCUGACUGACGGCGUCAUCACCGACAUGGCAGAGACCAGAGAGGCCAUCGUCCAGGCCUCGCAUCUGCCCAUGUCCAUCAUCAUUGUUGGUGUUGGAAAUGCAGAUUUCAGUGACAUGCAGAUGUUGGACGGAGAUGACGGGAUCCUGCGGUCGCCCAGAGGAGAGCCUGUCCUCCGAGACAUUGUCCAGUUUGUCCCGUUCCGCAACUUCAAACAGGCAUCUCCAGCGGCUCUGGCCAAGAGCGUGCUAGCAGAAGUGCCCAACCAAGUGGUUGACUACUACAACAGCAAGGGCAUCAAGCCCAAAGUGCCCAGCGAGUACCAGUCUUCCAGGCCGUUUGGCCCCUAAAGCCCCACUGCUGUCCUCCAGACAGCACAGUGCCCCCUGGACCCAGAAACAUGUUACUGUCUUUAGUUCUUUGUUAGCACAGA